GCUGCCUUAGAAAACUUAACGAGAUCCAGAUGUGGUGGCCACUGGCCGAACUUUCUCAGAGCCAGUGAUUGGCUCCAGCCGAGGAACUCAGCCAAUUAGCACGCUGGGCGGGCCUGGAUACCCGCCCCGCCCUGCCCAGGAACCCAUGGGGAUCCAGGUUCGAGGCUGGCACGGCGCGGAGAGUGGGCUGGAGGCCGGGGCGGGACGCGUGGUGCAGCGGAGCAGCACACGGCCGAGCGAACAUGCAGGGGGACCGGGUGGCCCGGCGGCCGGCGCUUUCGUCGUUGCCAGUGCUUCUGCUGCUGCUGUUGCUUCUGCUGUCGCGGGCCCUGGCGCUGCACCCAGACGAGCUCUUCCCACAUGGAGAGUCGUGGGGGGACCAGCUCCUGCAGGAAGGCGACGACGAAAGCUCAGCCGUGGUGAAGCUGGCGAAUCCCCUGCACUUCUACGAAGCCCGAUUCAGCAACCUCUACGUGGGCACCAACGGCAUCAUCUCCACCCGGGACUUCCCCAGGGAAACGGAGUAUGUGGACUAUGAUUUCCCCACUGACUUCCCGGCCAUCGCCCCUUUUCUGGCCGACAUCGACACGAGCCACGGCAGGGGCCGAAUCCUGUACCGAGAGGACACCUCCCCGGCAGUGCUGGGCCUGGCCGCCCACUAUGUGCACACUGGCUUCCCGCGCUCUGCCGUGCGCUUUACCCCCACCCAUGCCUUCCUGGCCACUUGGGAGCAAGUGGGCGCUUACGAGGAGGUCAAGCGCGGGGCGCUGCCCUCGGGAGAGCUGAAUACUUUCCAGGCAGUUUUGGCAUCUGAUGGGUCUGAUACCUACGCCCUCUUUCUUUAUCCUGCCAACGGCCUGCAGUUCUUUGGAACCCGGCCCAAAGAGUCUUACACUGUUCAGCUUCAGCUUCCAGCUCGGGUGGGCUUCUGCCGAGGGGAGGCUGAUGAUCUGAAGUCAGAAGGACCAUAUCUCAGCUUGGCUAGCACUGAACAGUCUGUGAAAAAUCUCUAUCAACUAAGCAACCUGGGGGUCCCUGGAGUGUGGGCUUUCCAUAUCGGCAGCACCUUGCCAUUGGACAAUGUCAGGCCAGCCACAGUUGGAGGAGACCUUUCUGCUGCCCACUCUUCUGUUCCUUUGGGACGUUCCUUCAGCCAUGCUACAGCCCUGGAAAGUGACUAUAAUGAGGACAAUUUGGAUUACUACGAUGUGAAUGAGGAGGAAGCUGACUACCUUCCGGGUGAACCAGAGGAGUCAUUGAAUGGCCGCAGCAGCACUGUUUCCUUCCUCUCCAAAGUGGAUACAAGGCCUUUAGAGGGUGGGAUGUCCUCUCCAGAUUCUGAUCUAUCUUCCCGCUUGCAUCCAACACCUACUUAUUGGCCAUUCUAUCCUGAAACAGAAUCUGCCACCUUGGACCCUCACACCAAAGAAGGAACAUCUCUGAGAGAGGUAGAGACCCCAGAUUUAAAAGGCCAAGUUGAGCCUUGGGCCGAGAGAGGGAACAGAAGCCCAGCUCCACCAAAGGUAGACAGAGAUUCACUGGUUCCUUCCUGGGAAACCCCACCACUCUCCCCUGAAAACAGAAGCAUCCAGCCCUACCCAGAUGGAGGGCCAGUGCCUUCAGAAAUGGAUGUUCCCCCAGCCCAUCCUGAAGAAGAAAUUGUUCUUCGAAAUUACCCUGCUUCAGGUCACUCUACGCCCCUAAGUCGAGAGACGUAUGAGGUGGGAGUGGAAGACAACAUAGGUUCCAACACCGAGGUCUUCACAUAUAAUGGUGCCAACAAGGAAACCUGUGAACACAACCACAGACAGUGCUCCCAGCAUGCCUUCUGCACGGACUAUGCCACUGGCUUCUGCUGCCACUGCCAAUCCAGGUUUUAUGGAAAUGGGAGGCACUGUCUGCCCGAAGGGGCACCUCACCGAGUGAAUGGAAAAGUAAGUGGUCACCUCCACGUGGGCCACACACCUGUGCACUUCACUGAUGUGGACCUGCAUGCUUAUGUAGUGGGCAAUGACGGCAGAGCCUAUACGGCCAUCAGCCACAUCCCGCAGCCUGCAGCCCAGGCCCUCCUCCCCCUCACACCAAUUGGAGGCCUGUUUGGCUGGCUCUUUGCUUUAGAAAAACCUGGCUCUGAGAAUGGCUUCAGCCUCACAGGUGCUGCCUUUAUCCAUGACAUGGAAGUUACAUUCUACCCGGGAGAGGAGAGGGUUCGCGUCACUCAAACUGCUGAGGGACUCGACUCGGAGAACUACCUGAGCAUUAAGACCAACAUUCAAGGCCAGGUGCCUUAUGUCCCAGCAAAUUUCACAGCCCACAUCUCUCCCUACAAGGAGCUGUACCACUACUCAGACUCCGCUGUAACCUCUACAAGUUCCAGAGAGUACUCUCUCACUUUUGGUGCAAUCAACCAAACAUGGUCCUACCGCGUCCACCAGAACAUCACUUACCAGGUGUGCAAGCACGCGCCCAGACGCCCGACCUUCCCCGCCACCCAGCAGCUGAACGUAGACCGGGUGUUUGCUUUGUAUAAUGAUGAAGAAAGAGUGCUUAGAUUUGCUGUGACCAAUCAGAUUGGCCCAGUUGAAGAAGAUGCAGACCCCUCUCCAGUGAAUCCUUGCUAUGACGGGAGCCACACGUGUGACACAACAGCACGAUGCCAUCCGGGAACAGGUGUAGAUUACACCUGCGAGUGCGCGUCUGGGUACCAGGGAGAUGGACGUAGCUGUGUGGAUGAAAAUGAAUGUGCAACUGGCUUUCAUCGCUGCGGCCCCAACUCUGUAUGUAUCAACUUGCCUGGAAGCUACAGGUGUGAGUGCCGGAGUGGUUAUGAGUUUGCAGAUGACCGGUAUACUUGCAUCUUGAUCACUCCACCUUCCAACCCCUGUGAGGACGGCAGUCAUACCUGUGCUCCUGCUGGGCAGGCGCGGUGUGUUCACCACGGAGGCGGCGUGUUCAGCUGUGCCUGCCUGCCUGGUUAUGCUGGCGAUGGGCACCAGUGCACUGAUGUAGAUGAAUGCUCAGAAAACAGAUGUCACCCUGCAGCUACCUGCUACAAUACUCCUGGUUCCUUCUCCUGCCGUUGUCAACCUGGAUAUCAUGGGGAUGGAUUUCAGUGCCUACCUGACUCCGCCCCAGGCCUGACACCCUGUGAGCAGCAGCAGCGCCAUGCCCAGGCCCAGUAUGCCUACGCUGGGGCCCGGCUCCACAUCCCGCAGUGCGACGAGCGAGGCAACUUCCUGCCUCUACAGUGUCAUGGCAGCACUGGCUUCUGCUGGUGUGUGGACCAUGAUGGUCAUGAAGUUCCUGGUACCCAAACUCCACCUGGCUCCACCCCGCCUCACUGUGGACCACCACCAGAGCCCACCCAGAGGCCCCCGACCGUCUGUGAGCGAUGGAGGGAAAACCUGCUGGAGCACUAUGGUGGCAGCCCCCGGGACGACCAGUACGUGCCCCAGUGUGAUGACCUGGGCCACUUCGUCCCCUUGCAGUGCCAUGGAAAGAGUGACUUCUGCUGGUGUGUGGACAAAGACGGCAGAGAGGUGCAGGGGACGCGCUCCCAGCCAGGCAUCACCCCUGCGUGUAUACCUACCGUCGCUCCACCCACAGUCCGGCCCACACCCCGGCCAGAUGUGACCCCUCCAUCCGUGGGCACCUUCCUGCUCUAUACCCAGGGCCAGAAGAUCGGCCACUUACCCCUCAAUGGCACGAGGCUUCAGAAAGAUGCAGCCAAGACCCUGCUGUCUCUGCAUGGCUCCAUCAUUGUGGGAAUUGAUUACGACUGCCGGGAGAGGAUGGUGUACUGGACAGAUGUUACUGGACGGACAAUCAGCCGUGUCAGUCUGGAACUGGGAGCAGAACCUGAGACGAUUGUGAAUUCAGGUCUGAUAAGCCCCGAAGGACUUGCCAUCGACCACAUCCGCAGAACAAUGUAUUGGACGGACAGUGUCCUGGAUAAGAUAGAGAGGGCCCAGCUGGAUGGCUCUGAGCGCAGGGUCCUCUUCCAUACAGAUCUGGUGAAUCCCCGCGCCAUCGCUGUGGAUCCAAUCCGAGGCAACUUGUACUGGACAGACUGGAAUAGAGAAGCUCCUAAAAUUGAAGCAUCAUCUUUAGAUGGAGAAAACAGAAGAAUUCUGAUCAAUACAGACAUUGGAUUACCCAAUGCCUUAACCUUUGACUCUUUCUCCAAACUGCUCUGCUGGGCAGAUGCAGGAACCAAAAAACUGGAGUGCACACUACCUGAUGGAACUGGACGGCGUGUCAUUCAAAACAACCUCAAGUACCCCUUUGGCAUUGUAAGCUAUGCAGACCACUUCUACCACACGGACUGGAGGAGGGAUGGUGUUGUAGCAGUAAAUAAAGACAGUGGCCAGUUUACUGAUGAGUAUCUCCCAGAACAGCGAUCUCACCUUUACGGGAUAACUGUGGUCUACCCUUACUGCCCAACAGGAAGAAAGUAAAUACAGUAACGUAAAGACAUGGAGUUUACAGUCAGAACCUGGACCUUAAAGAACAGUGACUGCAAAGGCAAAGAAAGUAAAAAAGGAAUAGGCCAUUACACGUUCCUGAACAUACAAGAUGAACAUUUUUUAGUGCAAAAAGACUUUUGUGAAAAGUUUAUACCUCAAUCUUUACUACUGUAUUUCUAAAAAUGAAGGUUGUUAUUGCAAGUUUAAAAAGGCAAUAGAAUUUUAAAGCGACUUCUUGUAAACAUUUAUACUGUAUUUAAAAGGUCAAAUUCAACAACUAAGAGUUUAAGAUUCUAAAUCUGAUUUUUGCUAUGGAUGAUUUCUGGCCAAGAAACUAAAGCACAUGUGAUCAAUAUAAAGAUACAAUCGUAAACCUUAAGAGUUGGAGAAGCCAAUGCAGAACUCAUGGGAAAGGACUAAUUAUUUAUAGUUUCCCAACCAAAGUUCUAAGAUUUUUUUUUUUUUAACCUCUGCAUCAAUACAUUUCUAUUUAUAUCACAAGGUGCUAAAAUGAUUCAAUUUGUAUUAUCUGAUCCUGUAAGUGCCUCUAUAGAAGUACCCACAGAAAGUAUUACAUUUUAUUAAUACCAAAGAUGUAACAGUUUAAAAAUUUUCUAGAUUACUCCAAUAAAACAUUUUAAGUUUUCCUAUGA